UCUCUUGUCUGGCAACGGGUCCUCAGCGUUGGGCCUUCUCCCAGACCAGCUAUGAUUCACAGCCUUUUCCUCAUUAACUCCUCCGGAGACAUUUUCCUGGAGAAACACUGGAAGAGUGUGAUCAGCCGUUCGGUUUGUGACUACUUCUUCGAGGCUCAGGAGCGCGCUUCAGAAGCCGAAAAUGUGCCCCCGGUGAUUCCUACCCCUCACCAUUACCUUCUGAGUGUGUAUCGGCACAAGAUCUUCUUCGUGGCCGUGAUCCAAACGGAAGUCCCGCCACUUUUCGUCAUUGAGUUCCUUCACCGGGUGGUGGAUACCUUUCAGGAUUAUUUUGGAGUCUGUUCUGAGGUUGUCAUCAAGGACAAUGUGGUGGUGGUCUACGAGGUGCUCGAGGAGAUGCUGGACAAUGGUUUCCCCUUGGCGACAGAGUCCAAUAUUCUGAAGGAGCUGAUCAAGCCACCAACAAUCCUCCGGACAGUUGUCAAUACAAUCACAGGGAGCACCAACGUGGGAGAGCAGCUCCCUACGGGGCAGCUGUCCGUGGUCCCCUGGCGACGGACCAGUGUGAAGUACACCAACAACGAAGCCUACUUUGAUGUGAUUGAGGAGAUCGAUGCCAUCAUUGACAAGUCAGGUUCCACAAUUACGGCUGAAAUCCAAGGGGUGAUCGAUGCCUGCGUGAAAUUGACGGGGAUGCCCGACCUCACUCUCUCCUUCAUGAACCCCAGGUUGCUCGAUGAUGUCAGCUUCCACCCCUGUGUGCGUUUCAAGCGGUGGGAAUCGGAACGCAUCUUGUCCUUUAUCCCCCCAGAUGGGAACUUCCGCUUGCUCUCUUAUCACGUCAGCGCUCAAAACUUAGUGGCUAUCCCAGUCUACGUGAAGCACAACAUCAGUUUCCGAGACAGCAGCUCCCUCGGCCGCUUUGAGAUCACCGUGGGGCCCAAACAGACCAUGGGGAAGACUGUGGAGGGAGUCCUGGUAACCAGCCAGAUGCCCAAAGGGGUCCUUAACAUGACUCUCACACCCUCACAGGGGACACACACAUUUGAUCCUGUCACAAAGCUGCUGACGUGGGACGUGGGAAAGAUCAACCCGCAGAAGCUACCCAGUUUGAAGGGGACAAUGAGUCUUCAGGCAGGGGCCUCCAAGCCUGAUGAGAAUCCUACCAUUAACCUGCAGUUCAAGAUCCAGCAGUUGGCAAUCUCCGGCCUGAAGGUGAAUCGUUUAGACAUGUAUGGAGAGAAGUACAAGCCUUUCAAAGGGAUCAAGUACAUGACCAAGGCGGGGAAGUUCCAAGUCCGGACCUAAGAGAGCUUCUGCCCAGGAGAAGGCUUGUGUCUGCUACCCCACCUCUGCUUUCCUCGUGGUUGCUCCUUGCUGUGACCCAUCUGGAUUUCUUCUGAGACAGGCAACUUUUCUCCUGGUUGGGCCAGCCCCUCCUCCUCAAAUAUUGGAGCUCUUAGGUGGUGACAAAGGGCAAACAGGAGAAGCAGCAACUUCCCUUCAGGAUUGUUGGCGUUCAGCGUCACCAAACGCUGAGCUUUUCUCUCUUCAGCAGCGGCUGUGUUCUUUGCCGGCUAGGGCCACAGUGGAAGAGGCAUCAGAGAACCCCGACAGGAAGAGGCUUGAGAGAUCUUAUCCUGAAUGCUCUUCCUGCUUAUUGAACGGGAUUCUGGUUGGAAAAGAGCUCCGUGCCCAUGUAAGGUCCAACAGAAGGGGGUCUUUAUUCCCCCAACCCGUCUUUAUUCAGCCCUGUCCUAUUUCAAUGUAUCCGUUUGGACGGAAACAGGAAAGAGACAACUUUUUUCUCAGACAGUUGGUGAUCUAAAAGUGGCACUUUAGCCCAGUGUAAAUAUGCUCAGCCUGGCUGUUGUCUAUGGUGGUCAGGAGGAUUUGCAAGUUUGGGGACAGCGCUUGAGAAAUGAGCUUGCUCCAGAGAUGCGGGAGCAAAAAACACGAGCGUAUGUACCAGUGUUUCUCAAUCUCGGC